AUCUACCCCCCCGAGACCUUCACCCGCGUCCAGAAGUACGGGCUCACCCUCCUCGUCACCACCGACCUCGAGCUGAAGAACUACCUCAACAACGUGGUGGAGCAGAUGAAAGGUGGUGGCAGCAUCGAAAACAAUGAGGUUCUGGAGCGGUGGCAGUUUGACAUAGAGUGUGACAAAACUGCAAAGGAUGAGAGUGCACCACGAGAAAAAUCCCAGAAAGCUAUUCAGGAUGAAAUUCGAUCUGUUAUCAGACAAAUAACUGCCACAGUAACUUUUCUGCCACUUUUGGAAACUGCCUGUGCCUUUGACUUGCUGAUAUACACAGAUAAAGAUCUGGCAGUGCCAGAAAAGUGGGAAGAGUCAGGACCACAAUUCAUAGCCAAUUCGGAAGAGGUUCGUCUUCGUUCCUUCACUACUACAAUCCACAAAGUAAAUAGUAUGGUGGCUUACAAAAAGGAUUCCUUUCCCUAAGACAUAGGGUUUCUGUACAUAUCCUGUCCCCUUGUACAGUUUCUGUUCAUAGUGCAGCUAAGUCAUAAACACAUCAUUACUGUUGCUCUUGCUGAAAUAUACAG